GCAGCGUUAGCGGCCGGGUGGAGGUGGGGAGGGAAGACGCCGAGGAGGAGGAGGAGGAGAAGGAGGAGGAGGAGGGGAGGCGGGGGGAGUCAGCAAGGACAUGGCUCCUGACUCCUGUGCGGAACAUGGUCUCUAGCGACCGGCCCGUGUCACUGGAGGACGAGGUCUCCCAUAGUAUGAAGGAGAUGAUUGGAGGCUGUUGCGUUUGCUCAGACGAAAGAGGCUGGGCCGAGAACCCGCUGGUUUAUUGCGACGGGCACGGCUGCAGCGUCGCGGUGCAUCAAGCGUGCUAUGGCAUUGUUCAAGUACCCACUGGGCCAUGGUUUUGCAGGAAAUGUGAAUCUCAGGAGAGAGCAGCCAGAGUGAGAUGUGAACUGUGUCCCCAUAAAGAUGGAGCUUUAAAAAGAACAGAUAAUGGGGGUUGGGCUCAUGUGGUUUGUGCCCUGUAUAUUCCAGAGGUACAAUUUGCCAAUGUUUCUACCAUGGAACCAAUCGUUUUACAGUCUGUUCCACAUGAUCGUUAUAAUAAGACUUGCUACAUUUGUGAUGAACAAGGACGAGAAAGCAAGGCAGCCACUGGUGCUUGCAUGACAUGUAAUAAACAUGGAUGUAGACAGGCUUUCCAUGUGACAUGUGCUCAGUUUGCUGGACUACUUUGUGAAGAAGAAGGUAAUGGUGCAGAUAACGUCCAAUACUGUGGCUACUGUAAAUACCAUUUUAGUAAGCUGAAAAAGAGCAAACGGGGAUCUAAUAGGUCAUAUGAUCAAAGUUUAAGUGACUCUUCCUCUCACUCUCAGGAUAAGCAUCAUGAGAAAGAGAAAAAAAAAUACAAAGAAAAGGACAAACACAAACAAAAACACAAGAAGCAGCCAGAAUCAUCACCUGUAUUGGUUCCAUCCUUGACAGUUACUACAGAAAAAACUUAUACAAGCACUAGCAACACCUCUGUAUCUGGAUCGUUGAAGCGUUUGGAAGACACUGCAGCACGAUUUACAAAUGCAAAUUUCCAAGAAGUCUCUGCACACAACUCUAGUGGAAAAGAUGUUUCAGAGGCUAGAGGGUCAGAGGGCAAAGGGAAGAAAUCUUCAGCUCACAGCUCAGGUCAAAGGGGAAGGAAGCCUGGUGCUGGAAGAAAUCCAGGAACAACUGUGUCAGCGUCUAGCCCCUUUCCACAAGGCAGCUUUGCAGGAACUCCAGGCAGUGUAAAGUCAUCCUCCGGAAGCUCAGUGCAGUCUCCUCAGGAUUUUCUGAGCUUUACAGACUCAGAGCUGCGUAAUGACAGUUACCCUCACUCCCAGCAGUCAUCAUCAACCAAAGAUGGACAUAAAGGAGAGUCUGGAAACCAGGAAGGGGGAGUAAAUAGUUUUAGUUCCUUAGCUGGUCACCCUGUGACCUCUGCUGUUAUAUCACAGCCGAAAACUUUUGAAAAUUCACCUGGAGACUUGAGUAGUUCCAACCUUCCUAUAGCAGGGUAUAAGCGGGCUCAAACUUCUGGUAUAGAAGAAGAAAUUGUAAAGGAAAAGAAAAGAAAAGGAAAUAAACAAAGUAAACAUGGGCCUGGUAGGCCCAAAGGAAACAAAAAUCAAGAGAAUGUUUCUCAUCUCUCAGUUUCUUCUGCUUCGCCCACUUCAUCUGUAGCAUCAGCUGCAGGAAGCAUAACAAGCUCUAGUCUUCAGAAAUCUCCAACAUUGCUCAGGAAUGGAAGCUUACAGAGUCUUAGUGUUGGCUCAUCUCCAGUUGGUUCAGAAAUUUCUAUGCAGUAUCGGCAUGAUGGAGCUUGUCCAACAACUACUUUCUCAGAGUUGCUGAAUGCAAUACAUAAUGACAGAGAUGACAAUUCUACACUAACAAAGCAGGAACUAAAAUUCAUAGGUAUUUAUAACAGCAGUGAUGUAGCAGCGUCCUUUCCAAAUGCAGUGUCUGGCUCUGGAUCUAGUACUCCUGUUUCCAGCUCUCAUUUACCUCAGCAGUCUGCUGGGCACUUGCAGCAAGUGGGAGCUCUCUCCCCCUCUGCUGCUUCCUCUGGAACCCCUGCUACAGCUACAACUCAGGCAAAUGCCCUGUCUGGAUCUUCUCUUAGCCAGGCACCAUCUCUUAUAUAUGGCAACAGAUUAAAUCCAAAUCCAUCAAUGGCAGCUCUCAUAGCUCAGUCUGAAAACAAUCAGACAGAUCAGGAGCCUGGAGACAGUGGUCGCAGCACUGUUGGUAGAGGAAGCUCACCCCGAGGAAGCCUUUCACCAAGAUCUCCUGUAAGCAGCUUACAGAUUCGCUAUGACCAACCAGGCUGUACCAGUUUGGAAAAUUUGCCUCCAGUAGCAGCCAGUAUAGAACAACUUUUGGAGAGGCAAUGGAGUGAAGGACAGCAAUUUUUAUUAGAACAGGGUACUCCUAGUGACAUUUUAGGAAUGCUGAAGUCAUUACACCAACUUCAAGUUGAAAAUCGAAGAUUAGAGGAACAAAUAAAAAACUUGACUGCCAAAAAGGAGCGUCUUCAGUUGCUGAACGCACAGCUCUCGGUGCCUUUUCCAACAGUAACAAACCCUAGUCCACCUCAUCAAGUGCUCACAUUUUCAGCACAGAAUGCUCCUACUACUGAUUCAUUGAAUAGCAGUAAGAGCCCACAUAUAGGAAACAGCUUUUUACCAGAUAGUUCUCUUCCUGUAUUAAAUCAGGACUUAACCUCCAGUGGACAAAGUACCAGCAGUUCCUCUGCUCUUUCCACGCCGCCUCCUGCUGGGCAGAGUCCAGCUCAGCAAGGCUCAGGGGUGAGCGGAGUCCAGCAGGUCAAUGGUGUGACAGUAGGGGCACUGGCUAGUGGAAUUCAGGCUGUAACAUCCACUAUUCCUGCAGUGAGUGGAAUAAUUGGAGCUUUGCCAGGUAACCAACUGGCAAUUAAUGGCAUUGUAGGCGCCUUAAAUGGGGUUAUGCAGACGCCCGUCACAAUACCCCAGAACCCUGCCCCCCUUACUCACACAAAUGUGCCACCGAAUACAGCACAUCCAAUGCCAGCUACACUGACUAACAGUGCUUCGGGGCUAGGAUUACUUUCUGAUCAACAAAGACAAAUGUUUAUUCACCAACAUCAAUUUCAACAGUUAUUAAAUUCACAACAACUCACACCGGGUAGGCAGGCAGGGACUCCCAUCUACCAUAUCUCCCGAGCAGCUAAAACAGUGCCUGGAGCAGCACCAGGCCUUUCUGUAUCAGCUGGUGCAGCAGCAGCACCCCCCGCCCGACCUCCAGCAGCUGCAGCUCCCAGGCCCUGCGCAGAUCCCCAUCAGCAGCCUGCUCGCCGGUACUCAGGCGCCCCCGCUUCACUCAGCCACCACCAACCCCUUCCUCACCAUCCAUGGGGACAGCACAAGUCAGAAAGUCACAAGGCUUAGUGACAAAAAUGGGCCUGUAGCUCAAGACAAAAGUUGACUCUUGAAAGCAUGGGAACCUUGCCUGCCCUGCUGCUCUGGCACUUCCCAUGGCUGCCGCUACAGUCUUUCACUCAUAGCUAUGAAGAUGCAACAAGAAACUGCACAACAGAGAUGGCUUCAAGAACAUUCUUGUAAGGCUUUGAUUAAUUUUCUUGUUGCUUUUUUGCACUGAAAUACAACUCCCUUUCUUCCACCCUACCCAAAGUGUUUGAACUUUGGAAGAAAGGUUAAUGACUAACUUUUGUAAAUGAAAUAAUUUAAAUGCAAAGAUUUUACCAACCCAAUAAAAAUUUAAAAUACUGGGCACACAACUAGCUUUGCUAUAAAUGUGAGAUCUGAAUAGUAAAGGUCAAGAUGUGUUCCUUUUAAGAACAAUUUGGUUUUAUUGUAAAAGCUGGGUUAUAAAAUAUGAUCUUACUUGAGUGUGCUUGUUCCAGUGAUAGCUUAAAUUUCUAGGAACUGUCCAAUUUCUUCUCCUGGAGUUUUAGUCAUUUAAUAUUGUAAUUAUAUAGGUUACCAACUGGGGCUUUACAAAGUUUAUUUAAAAAAAUUUCCUUUCUAAUGAGAUUUGGCUGUUUGGUAAUCAAGUUAGGAUGGAAAUGUCUGCUUCUACUAAAGGUAAUUUUCGUUUGCUAAAAAUCCUUUCAGUAGUGUCAAGACCUAUUUUAUGUUUAAAAGAGAUCUUGAGUUAAGCCCCUUCUAAGACUGCUAGGAGAAGCAGAACAAUUCAGAGUGACUUCUCUCAGAAGAGGCCACCCUGGAGACUGCUGCAGAGCCCAGCCUUAAGUGCCUGCUGGUCCCUCCCUGGGUUGAAGUGGCUCUAAACAGCAGAGCUCCAGCUAGUCAGUCCUCAGAAGUCACAGGAACAGGCUGCACCCACCAGCACCAUUCCCUUGCUUCUAUCUUGGUUGAAAACUUUCUAUGCCAUUGUAGAUAGCUCAGGUGAAAUGAUUACCUGGGUAUUUGUCCACUAAUAGUCACAAGAUGAGUGGAUUUGGUAAGAAUAUAUGUUUGUUUUAUUUCAAUAAUUUCUCAAACUGCCCAUUCAAACAGUUGGGCCACUACAUACAGUUCCUGAAAAGAGGGAACCCUGUCUUAGCCCUUCUACUUCGAGUAGCCACACUCUGGAUGUGUCAAGAUGGAAGACUUGAACACUGAAACACUUGGUGGGGGGGGGGGGAUCAUUGAUCUGUUCCUAAAUGUGUGAAAUACGUGAAUUAUUAGUGGAAAGACCCAGCUAUAAUCAGACCUCCACUGUGUACUUAGCUGGAAGAACAUGUUAAUUCUGCAAUAUGUCUCUUGGUUAAACAUUGCACAGUUCUUACCUCAUUUCUGUAAAUAAGGUUUGUGAAUCUGUUUUGUAAUGUGAAAAAUUCAUAAGAUAACCUUGAUAUUUUGAUUUGUAAUAUUUCUAAUGAGUAGAUUUAAUUGAAAAAUAAAAUAAUUUAUUUUUAUAUGUUCAGGGGAAUUUUAAAGAAAGCCAAACCUUUUGUAGAUAAUUUAAAAAAGAUCAGUGUGGUUUAUUUUACUUACUUAGCCCACUGGUUGUUAUUCUGUAACAGUUUGUAUAAAUGGUAAAUUUUGAAUUGUGUUGAUAUUUUACCUAGAUGUAAAAUUCCUCAUGUAUUAAAAUGUACAAAGUUUUGUUAAUAAAGUUUAAUAAUGUUUAUAACUCUGCCUCCCCCCCCCCCCCAUGUAGGGUCUCCCUCUGUCUGGUUCAGGCUGACCUGGAAUUCACUAUGUAGUCUCAGGGUGGCCUCAAACUCACAGCAAUCCUCCAUCCUCUGCUUCCCGAGUGCUGGGAUUAAAGGCAUGUGCCACCAUACCUGGCAACUCUGCCAUUCUUAUCUGUUGGGAUGACUGUCCUGAUGCCCUUGGCGCCUCACAUAUGCAGGUACUUGAGUUGUGGGUGUUGGAACUUCAUAUGGUAUUACCUUGAACUUGUCAGAUCAGUGUGAGAGCAAGUCAGCCUCAGGCACAGCAGUGGCAGGUAAUCAUUGAGGAGAGGAGCUAAUGAGGGUGUGCAUAUUCACACAAAUAAAGGGAAAUAACCUCAGUGAGGUCAGAGGAAAACCAACUCCAGACACAAUUUUAAUUAUAGCACAUUAAUAUAGUAGCAUACAUACUAAAUUGUUACAUUAUAACACCAAACUGCCCUCUAAAUACUUACAUUUAUGCCCAUAUAUAAAUGUUGCUCUCACUUUGCUUAGAGAAGCGUCCCUUUACGUAUGGUGGUGACCACUGGGGUGACUCAAAACUCACCAAAAUGCUUACAGUGUGACAAUGGCGCGUUCAGCAUUCAGUGAGACAUUCUGUCGCACCCUCCAAAGCUCAUGAACCAUGAUGGACAAGAUGAUGGAAAGAAUGUAAGAGACAAAGGAAGGGGAGGAGUGCUCACAAUGCUGUCAUCCAAACAAAGUGGCCUUAAUAUUUACAACCUCACAGUGGCUGACUUACACAAGACCUAUAUAAUAGGAGGGAAAAGUGAUGACAUCAGAAUAGUACAGACCAGUUAGAAAAAGGAUUCAGUGAAGAGUAAAGGGAAGGGCAGAUGAUGGGAGGGGUUAUGAUCAUAGUGUUUGUCUAUAUGUAUGAAGUUUUCAAUAAAAAUGUUUUUUAAAAGGA